GACCCUUUCCCACUCACGUACGUAAACGGACUGCUGCUCUCCGUCGUGUAUCCCCGCGCGCAGCAUUGCAACAUCCGUUCAAUGGCUGGUGGACAAGAAAAAUGGUAUUUUACAAAAGACCAAUUAGUGAAUUCUCCAAGCAAAAAAUGCGGAUUAGAUUCGGAUAAGGAGCUUGCUUAUCGCCAGCAGGCCGCGAACCUUAUCCAGGACAUGGGCCAGAGGCUUCAAGUCUCUCAAUUAUGUAUCAACACAGCAAUUGUUUAUAUGCACCGGUUCUACGCGUUCCAUUCCUUCACGCAGUUCCACAGGAAUGCUAUAGCGGCAGCCGCGCUGUUCCUCGCCGCGAAGGUGGAGGAGCAGCCCAGGAAAUUAGAAUAUGUUAUAAAGGUAGCUCACGUCUGCCUCCACAGAGGUGAGAGUGUCAAUGCACUCACACCAGAACAGUAUACGGAACAGGCGCAGGACCUGGUCUUCAACGAAAAUGUACUCCUGCAGACAUUAGGGUUUGAUGUAGCGAUCGACCAUCCCCACACUCACGUAGUACGCACGUGUCACCUUGUAAAAGCCCCCAAGGACCUGGCGCAGACUUCGUAUUUCAUGGCAUCAAAUAGUCUACAUUUGACUACGAUGUGUCUACAAUACCGGCCGACGGUUGUGGCAUGCUUCUGCAUACAUUUGGCAUCAAAAUGGAGCAAUUGGGCUAUACCUCAAUCGCACGAGGGCCGCCACUGGUUUUCAUACGUGGACCGCAGCGUCACUACGGAACUGCUUGAGCGGCUCACGGCCGAGUUCCUCCACAUAUUCGACAAGUGUCCGUCGCGUCUCAAGAGGAAAAUGAUGUCGAUGACCACCAACAGCGGUGGCUCCCCACAUUCGGGCCCCGCUGGAGGUCCGGCCUCUGCCUCUGGAUCGGCCGCGCCUGACAAGAAGCACCCCGUCGCCGGGCCCUCCACUGACGACUUCGACAAGUCCUUCGACAAAGAAUAUGAAAGGGAACGGCGCCGCCAACCGGUUCCCGGUGGUUACGUGCCCGCCACGUCGGUUCCCGCUAACCCACAACAACCACAGAAGAUAGAUUACAACCUGUAUAGAGAGAAGAGAGAGAGGGAGGAAAGGGAGAGGCGGCAGGCUGCCAUGCAACAGCCGAGACCCGGUGCUCCACCGGCUAGACCCGGCCAACCUCCGCCUCACCACAGGCCGUCCCAACACCAUAAACCUCACCACCCCUGGCCGCACCAUGCCAAGCCGCCCCACCACAAGCAACCGCCCCAGGACCAUCGCCAUCACAGACCGGCACCGGGUCCUAGCACUAGCCAACCAUCUCAGCCUCACCCACAACCGGAACAAAGAACGAGACCACCAUCGUUGUUCUCGCCAGAAAAUGCUACAACACCCAUCGCGGCGGCCACUGCCCCUCGCCGGCCGCAGCCACCGCCUGCGAGGCCCAAGCCUGAGCCCCGGGCGGCGCCGCCCGCCCCCGCGCCGCCGCCCGCCGCCCAGCCGCCGGACAAGCCGCCGAGCCCGCGCAGGCGGCCCGACCCCUCCCUCGCCAUCCGCGAAAUGCAACCUCCCGCUAUCUUGUCACCGUUCUCGUCCCCGCCGGCUGUUAAGGAGCCACAGCAGCGCUCGCGGCCGCGAGUACCUUCCGCUUCUGAACCGGAACUGGUGCCGGUCGUCAAGAAAAUAGAAGAAACCCCCGGCUACGAAAAUGUCCUGCGGGAUUCUCAGCGCGGCUCCUCUAUAAGGACGAAGGCGCCGGAACCGCGAAAACCGGAGCCGGCCCGGGCGCUUAACGGGAUAGAAACGGACCCGACGCUAGUCUCCAAUCUCUUGAAGGAGAGCUUGGCUAAGCCUGUUCCCAUCACGGUUCCCACGGAACGAAAGUCGCCGGAAAUAAAGCGGGAACCGGUGGAACCUCUUCCCGUGCCACCGCAGCCCGAACCCACCCCGUUGCAACCCUCCACCGAGUCCGACCACAAACACAAAAAAGAGAAGAAGAAGAAGGACAAACACAAACACAAAGACCGCGACAAGUCAAAAGAGGAGAGGAAGAAACACAAAAAAGAGAAAAAGAGAGAGAGUCCGCCCCCGGUCGCGGCCGAAGUGCCCGCAGACGGCACGCUGCGGAUCACUAUCCCGCGGGACAAGCUCGCGGCGAGUCCCGGCCUCAAAAUCAAGAUCCCGAAGGACAGGCUGGCGGCCCCGCCGCCGCCGCCGCAGUCGUCCGGCCUCAAGAUCAAGAUAUCGAAGGAGGUGCUGGAGACGUCGCGGAAGAGGAGCUCGGCCGCGGAGCCGGGCCCGCCGCCCAAGCUGCCGCGCCACAACGGAGCGCCGGCCGCUAAGGUGGUCGAGCCGGCAUUGGGGAACGGGCACGCGGGCAAGUGACGUCACUUCCGCGCCACCCAUAGCGCCACGUGUGUCGACGUUCCUCCGCAACAACUUACGGACCUCACUAGCGUAGUAGUGUAACCGGUUAAUAUCGGUUUUUUUUUUUUAUUUUCAAUUUAUUUUUGUUUUCCCAACGGACGGUUUUGGCUCGGACCGGUCGAUGCUAGUUCGGAGCAUUUGUCUGGCAACAAUUAUAUAACUGUAAGAAUAAAUAUACAGACAGAAGGACACUCUAUUAAUUCUAUAUUAAUGCAGCCCUUCAUUUUCAUUUCAGCCGUUAACUGUCCACUGCUGGACAUAAGCCUUCCCCAUAAGGGGUUUUGCGAGCAGUUGCCACGCUUGGCAGGCGGUUCGGCAACCGCAGUUUGGCUUUUAGAGAUGUUUUAGAGGGUCCUGUCGCUCUGGACAAUCCUGUCCAUCGCUCUACCAUUAUGUAAUACAGGCCUGUUAUGAGCUAAACCAGUAACGACUCACGCGCAGUGAGAGUCUGUCUCGCUCACUCGCACGUGUGUCGCGUAUAACAAAGUAAUUAUGCAGGUUAGAAGGGCUUAUUAUCGCAUUUGCAGUGUAAGAGUGUCUCUUCUACCAAGUCAGUUUAUUCUUGCGAUUUUUCUCUUUAUAUACAGGAUGUAAGGGACAGGUUGGCCAAAACGAAGACAGCUGAUUCUAACGAACGGCCUGUAUCAGAUGGCAGAUUAUUUUCCCACCGGAAAUGCACCAAAGCCAUAUAAUUAACGAUUCUUUUCUCGAUUAAUUUUGUCACCGCGCAAUGUAUUUGAAAUUUUACAAUCCACACGACGCGUGAUACCUACAGCGCGCGCUAUUUCGUAAAUAGUUUCGUACGCUUGCGGCGUCGACCUUACUCGGCUGUUUCCGCGCGUCGCGAUAGAAUUCAAAUACGUAUAUUACAUUGCUGGUUUUUAGUAUUUAAUAGUAUUUCACUAUAAAAUAUUAUUAUUAGUUUUUUUUUUUAUAUUAUGACAACAUCAUAGAGUACGUGAUUUUAAAUAAAUAAAGGAAUAGGAAUUUUCUGGAAAGAAUUUCCACUGGUUUUCAAUUCAGAACAAUGGUCUAAAUUCACUGUUUCAGUUUUAGCCAACCUGUCCAUUUUACCCUGUAUAUAUAUAAACAUUCUUGUGCGGCCUCGUGUCUCUUUGUAAAUAAAUUAGUAAUAUGUAACAUUGAGAUGGGUGAUUGUGUAAAUAUAAAAUGUUCUUAUACUUGGAAGUUUGAUAUAAAAAAAAGUUAUAUAAAUACGUUCAUAAUGUUGCUUGCACCGACAUUUAAUGUUUACUCACGCUAUAAUAGGCAUGAAAUUAUAUUUAAAAAGAAAAAAUCAAAUUAUGCAAUACAGUGUAAUAUUGGGGAACAUGUAAAUCCUAAUUCGUCGAUAUAUAAACUCGUGUAUUCGAAAUUAAUCCAUGUUUAAAAUGUUGUUAUAUAACGAAAUAUAUUCCUGUAUUGUUAGUGAUUGCUUUGAGACUGAGAUAGAGAAGAGUUCAUUGAAACACAUACUAUAUAUUGAAAACAUAAUAUUAAGAAAUCCAAAUAAAACAUUUUUUUGUUUAAAUAAACUAUCACUAUGUUUUCUCGUAACCCAUUUUAUGUAUAGAGUGUUCGCGCUUGAACGUGCCGCAGUGUGGCAACGUCGCAUUUAACUGUCAAAAUUCAAAGACAAUUUAACGUCUUUCGAUGGAUUCGAUUCUGACGAAAAGAGUUGUUUGGUCCUUUUAAAUGUUUGUAGACACGUUGAUUGAAAACUAUCCGCCCGGACAUAAAAUGAUGAUUGAUCCGUGCGGAUCCGAUGAAGGAUUUUUGAACAUUUUUUUUUUUUUCAAAAAUCCUUCAAUACAAACCAUUGAUGGCACUCUUGAAAUAAAUUCUAGUAGUUCAAUGUAUGUAUGUAAUUACCAUCUUAUACUACAAUUUAAAUAUUUUUUUUUAACCGCUAUCGUGUAUUAUUGGUGCAACUUGCCAAUCCAAACUAUUGCAAGCUGAUCCCAAUUUUAACCUAAUCUCUAAUUCUUCAUGAGUGCAGUACAACUGUCAUCAGCAAUAGAUUGGUUUGCUGUCGACAUUAGAUUUAGGAAUCUAAUAUUAAAUCUAAUCUGAGUUAGCCAAGUAGGUGCAGCUGUUCUGAAGUGUUGAGCAUACAUACAUUAGGCAAUUAUUUUUUAUUAAUAUUAAAUGUCGAAUUGUUUUAAAAAAAUGUCAGAUAAAUCCGACGUUGCCAAUCUUCGGUAAAGUAAGAACAUUUAAAUUUUCAACUAUGUAUUAUAAAUAAAAAAAAAAUUGAACAGAGCCAAAAUCGUUCCGUUUCCAAGAAUAAUAGGGGUCGUUAGAUGCGGGAAUGGUAUAACUGAACACGGUUUUUGACUCCGUGUGUCCUGGGAUGGAUGCUUCUACUAUGCCAGUUAUAUGUUACAUUAUGCGUCUUAUGAUUGUAAACGUACUAGCGACUGUCCCGCGUCGCAUUUCUUUUUUUUUUUUUUUUUAAUAAAAUACAACCCAUAGUGUAAUGAUAAAGUAGCUUUCUACUGGUGAAGUUUUUAAAUCGAUUAGAUACUUUUUUUUUAAUUUAUUCAAUACAAACAAAGGUAUCAAAUAUUUCUACUGCAAUUUUUAGUUUAAAUAUAAGAUGUGAUAUAUAACUGGCAUGUGUAUCAUGAACCAUCACAAAGUCGGAUGUUAUUCAACUAAAAAAAAAUGUAAUAUUUAUAAAAGUAUGAAUUAAAAAAUUUAAAACGUAUAAAAUCCGGUUUUGAGAUGGCCCGUCAUGUUAUAAUAAUGGUGAGAUUUCUUUUAAUGUUAUAUAAUUUGGCAUAAGUAAAAAAAAGGUCAGCUUAGUAUAGUAUUUUUUUUUUCUUCUCUAGCUGACCUAUUUGGGUUUUAGCAGGACGUUUAGUACUGGUGUUAAUUUAAUUAUAUUUCCUUGAACCAGUGUUAAAUUUAUAGUCCGACUACCAGUAUAUAUAUUUUGUAAAUAUAUACAUAAAAUAUAUAUAUUUCUAACCGGCCUAUAACUGCUAAAGUGUAAGAUAUUGAAUAGGUUUAUUUAAGUGACAAAGCGUAAUCAUAAUGAAAUAAUUAAAAAAAAAGACUAGUAAAUGUGAUUUGUUGAGAACAAACCUUAUUACGGAAGAUAAAAUAAUAGAAAAUUGAGAAAAAAAAAAAAGGAAUUUGUCGAUGAGUGAGAUAUGUAAGAAGCAAUCUUUACCACAAACAUACGGGUCGUGUGACUUCAAAAAUUCUCUUGUUUUUAUUUUCUCAUAAUGAAAUUAGUCCUGAAGUGGCACGGCCCGCGUGUCUGCGGAUGGAGCCUUGGUAAGGGCGUAGAAUCGUGUCAGAUGUUAGAAAGAGACAGGAAAUCUGAAUUAGCAUGUGAGACAAUUGAACGUAUGAUUUGGCCAAUCAACUCUGCCUGUUCUAAACACUAACUCGUUUUGCGCGCCAAAAUUUAUGUAGUUGACAUUUUUUGUGGCUGUUGACUGACAUCUUUAUCUAUCACAUGAUGUGCUAAUUGUAAAAUACAAGCGUUUAUAAAAAUAAAUGUUAUUUUUUUAUAA